AUGGUGCGAACUAGGAAACAAAUAGCCUCGGACGAAUCCGAAGUAAGGGCUGCUUCGGAGGGAUUGGAUAUUCAGCCUUCGACAUCUGCAGGUGGUGCGAGCGGUGCCUCGGUGUCGUAUGUUCCCGUAAGACCGGCUGCCAUAGGACUUUCAUCAUUAAACUCUGAACCGUGCUUGGAUACCGUUGAGUCUCCCGCGCGAGGAAGAGGAAUCAUUGGCCAAAUAGGUAGGCAACGAAGGAUGAAGUGGGACCGCAAUAUGAAUAUUGCUGCUAUCCGAGCUUACUUAUUGGCUACAAACUUAGAGAAAGAAAAACAGGAUAUCGCAAAAGAAUCAAUCGUCACUGGAAUGAAAAAUAUCCGCAUAUAG